CAAUUUGCAAUAAUAUUUGUUUGUGUCGUUAAGAUGUAAUCGAUAAUAACAAUUGUAUGUCAACAGGUGCAUUUAAUAAAUCAAUUCUAAAUGGGGUGAUUAAACUUUUAUGAGGCAUACUUUUAAAGUAUUUCAAUUACUUUUUCUUGAUUACGCAAUUAAAUUUGCGAUUGAUGCGAAGAAAAUUGAUAAAAAAUGAAACGAUGGAAGGUCAUUAAGAUUAUGUGCUACAAAAAAUGAUUUAUUGUAAUGUAUAUUUUAAUAUUAGAUUACAUUUUAAUGAGUAACUCUACCCGAACUUUUGCAACUGUUGAAAGGGAUCUCAAACGAUCGUAUAUAAACCCCUGACGAUUGUGUAUAAUACAUUAUGCUUUGUUUCGUCACUACAACAACAACCAAAAUGAACCCUUUGUUCUUUGCCACUCUCCUUUUAUUCAUCGCUGGAUCAAAAGGCGGUGUUAUAACCACGGAUCUUAGUCAUGGUCUUUUAGGAUCAGCAACCCCAUUAGCAACGUUAACGGCAGUACCAAUAUCUUCUCUUGGACAUGGAGUUUCUUCAGUGGUAUCUUCUGGAACUUUAGCACCUAGCGUUACAGGAUUGGGUCAUUUAGGUGUAACAGCUCCAAUUGCUCUUCCAGCUGUAUCAACUGUCUCUGUUGGAACUUUAGGAUUGUUGGGAAAUACUUUGGGAGGUCACGUUUUGUCGACUCAUUAAAUCGUUAUUAAUUUGAAUUUUAUGAAUUAUUCUUGUAGUUUUCUUCUCUUAAAAAAAAAUAAAUAUUAAAAUUUUAUAAUU